AUGGGCUCCAUCUCCGCACCGAGCGUUUCGCAGGAAUUGGCCGACUUGCCUUGUCUCAAUGUCGCCAAAAUCUAUGCGAAGGACGGCCUGGAAAUUCAGCGGCUGCUCGAAGCAGGCCAGAAGUACGGAUUCUUCUACCUCGACCUGCGUACCGAAAUGUCCAAGCAGUUUUUGGAAGAUUGGGAGAGCACACUGCGGUUCAUGGACGGAUAUUUCCACCGUGACAUUAGCGAGAAGAUGAAGGACGCCCGCAACAGUGAUACGCACGGGUACGAGCCCGUGGGAACUUCUGCCGGGUCAAGCGAGAACCACCGUGACUGCUACGAGAGCUUGAAGAUGUCAGAUGACGAAAUGGCAAUCAAGGCGCCGCAGCUGCCGCCCACGGUCCUCAAAAACUAUGACCACUUCAAGCGGUUCCAGACCUUCUGCCACGAGACAUGCAUGGAGAUUCUCGACUGCAUGUCGUCGGCGCUGGGCAUGGACGGCGACGCGAGCCUGACGCUGAAGCACCGCGCAGGCCGGCCGACGCUUUCAACCCUCUCGCUGUUCCUGUACCCGAAGCAGGAGGGCCCGUCGGAGCUGGUCGGCCACAACAAGCACACGGAUCUGGGCACGCUCACCUUCCUGCUCUGCGAGCAGUGGGGGCUGCAGGUGCUGCGCCCCGACACGGGCGCCUGGCACUGGGUCGAGCCGCGCCGCGGCCACGCCAUCAUCAACGUCGGCGACGCCCUGCGAUUCCUGUCCGGCGACCGUCUCCUGUCGGCCGUCCACCGCGUGGCGCCCCACGGCGGCGCCGAGUACCAGGACCACGACCGCUACUCCAUCGUCUACUUCCUGCGGCCCGAGAACGAUGUCACGUACCGCAAUGCAAAGGGCGAAUUCGUCACCGCCAAGCAGUGGCAUGACGAGAAGUUUGACGUCUUCCGCCUCGAGCACGAGCAGCAGGAGAAGGCACCCAUCCUUUGCGGAGGCAUGGAGCGCCGGGGCAAUUUUGUCGGCACCAUUAAAGUAUAA